GUCACAGCUGACAGCUACGAAAAGCAGCUGGUGGAAUACCUGUAGCGAAAAUAGCCUUAAAAAAAGAUAUACCGGAACGUGUAUUCCGAGAAGAAUAAGUUGGAGACGAAGAGAGGGAGUUCAAAUAGAGAGAAACCAUGAUGGGAAGGACUGUAAUAGCGGAGGAGAGUUUGCAGGACAGACUUACCGCCCUCGCGAAGGUUGGCACUUUCCAGAUUGGACUUCUGAUUGGCCAGAAUGCGAGAGAUCGGGACUACCUUGUCCACCUGGCUCCGACCCCCAUACCAGACGAGGGCGACCUCAGUUCUGAAGAGGAGGAUGCGGUGCCACACAGCCCCAAGACGGAGCACGGCAAGUCCAAAGUCCCCGAGUCUAUCCCCAAGGUCGUCGAUGCCAUUGUCGCCCAACACACUAGGCAGGUUGUGCGCAUGUUACCGGGAGGGUUGGAUGUCAUUGGCCUUUUCGUGGUGACCCCUCAGUCGGACUAUGACACUUCCCAAAGCCAAUCCAAAAUCAGGUCAAUUUUGGGCGCGGUUCACAGAACUGCGGCGAAGAUCCUACUGGAGACUGCCGAACUUCGCACCGAGAAGAUUAUCCUGCAUGUUUGUACGCAGUCCUUCAAAUGCACAGUGAAGACAGUAGAUGUAUCCCCCACGGCAGUCGGCAUUCAGAACAGUGCCGAGCUCAGAUUCCACCGGGGGGGCGUCAAGUGGCAGCAGAUCAGCUAUUCCUACAACAUCAAUCUCAACUUCUGGUUGCCGAAGGACAAAUCUCCGCAGUCACUUUAUAAAAUGAUACUUUCCCUCAUCAAGCCAUGGGCUCAGAGCGUGACCAAGAGCCUAAUCCUGAUUGACUCGGAGCUUCAAAACAGCUACGACUUUCUGGACCCCUAUGCCGAGGAGAAGCAGACCAAGAAGAAGGGGAGCGGCAGCAGUGGGGUCAGGGGGGGGAUGGCGGACUUGUCUCCCCCCAAAGUCUUCACGGCCGAGAUCCUUGAUUCGGGAGCGCCCUUAGCCGUGGAGGGGCCCGGCUCUGGCCUCGAGGAGAGCUCGGGGAACGUGAGGCUGGCAGGAACGGUGGCUGGCCUGGCCUUUGUGCACUCCAAGGCCACCGUUGGAGAAGCCAGAUCGUCCGUGCUCGUCGACCUGGUGCGCUCGGUGGUGGCCCGGUGGGAGAUGCACUGCGACUCCCUCGUGGAAGAGCCUCCCUCGCACCUAGUGGGCCCGAUCAUCCAUGAACCUCCUCGUCGCGUCUUCCUUGAAGGAGGUGGUCUUCCUGUCAGUCUCUGUGACUACCUGUUUCCUGGGGACAACACUACAGAUGCAUGUCAGUCGGCCAAAGAGCUGCUCGGGCUGACAGUUCGUGCCGAGCAUGUCGAUGACACGCUAGAAACGUUGGCUGAUGCCACAGAAGUGAUGGACAGCGGAGAAGGAGGCGUGGGGGAGGACCCACGGCUGGGCAGCGACAGGUCCAGUGCAUCGUCCACGUGCCCAGUUUCAUACAUCCUCCUGGCGUCCGGCGUUGCUGCUCUGGGGAUUGCGUUCUCUUACGUCACGCUCCAGAGCUCAAAGGCGUUGACUUAAGGUUGAAUUAGGUUGUGGCAGAAUUUUUUUUUUUUUCUCUCUCUCUUUUUUUUUUGUUUUUCUUUUUCUUAUUAUUUUUUUGUGAGUUAGUAUUCAAGGGACUGCAAGUUUAUUUAUCAGCUUUUAUGAGCUUUUUACAUAAAGAUCACUAUAUAAUGGGAUUAUAUGUCCUUGUAUUAUGUCAAGAAGAGACAUAACUAGGUAGUUUCUAUAAUUUGAAUGUUUGUUUCUUUGUCUCUUUGUAUGUGUGUCUUUUUGUUUUGAAUUUGUUUUGUGUUAUAGCAAUACAAGAAUUAUCAUGUCAUGAGAAGAUCUAAUUGUCCAACAUGUUUCCAUACAUUUUUUAAGUAAAUUUUUAUUGCCUCUUUAA